CAAUUUCUAACAAACAACGAUUGUGCAAUAUCACUUUCAACUCAACAUCGUGCUUACUAUCCACUUGAACUGGUUUCCAUUUAGGUGCGCUCGUGCAAGAAGUGUAAACUACUAUGACGUCGUGCGCUUUGCCGUUAAGAAAAAUUGCAAUUGUUGGCAGUGGUUUGAUUGGUCAAUCAUGGGCAAUGCUAUUUGCGUCCGUUGGGUAUAAGGUUUACAUUUAUGACAUAUUACCGACACAGAUCGAAAAAGCGUUAAAGGAAACGGAAAAACAACUAAAUGCACUGGAACAAAGCGGCCUUCUAAGAGGAAAACUAAAGGCUGCCCAGCAAUUUGCAUUGAUUAAAGGCACGACCGACCUUCAAGAAGCGGUCAAAGACGCGAUUUUAGUUCAAGAAUGCGUCCCAGAGAAUUUAGAGCUAAAGCGGAAAGUGUGGAAAAAUAUCGACGACGUCGCUGGACCGAAUACUAUCUAUUCCAGUUCAACCUCCACCUUUUUACCUUCAACUUUUAGCGAGAACUUAAAAAAUAGGCAAAAUAUAGUAGUUUCUCAUCCCGUCAACCCACCGUAUUACGUACCGUUAGUGGAAAUAGUUCCCGCCCCUUGGACUGAUCCAGAAGUGCCCAAGAAGACCAGGCACAUUAUGGAGGAAAUUGGCCAGUCCCCGGUUUCGUUUACGAAAGAAAUUCCCGGCUUCGCUCUUAAUCGAAUACAAUAUGCGAUUUUGAACGAGACUUGGAACUUGGUAGAAGACGGCAUUCUUGAUGUGCACGACAUCGACAAAGUGAUGUCGGACGGAUUGGGCAUGAGAUACGCCUUUUUGGGAACUUUGGAAACUACGCAUUUAAACGCGGAAGGAUUCGUGAAUUACUGUGAGAGAUACGCCAAUACGAUGCACGCCGUCAGUAAGGACUUCAAACCGGUACCAAAAUUCGAAGGACCGAACGUCCCUAGCAUUGCCAAACAACUAGAACAGUCGAUUCCUCUUGACAAACUGCAGGCGAGAAGAAUAUGGAGGGACAAAUGCCUUACAAAACUAAGUCAACUUAAAAAAGAGAUGGACGAUGAAUGGAAACAACUCAGUCAAUAACCAUUACUGAAAAUAAAGUGUUUUAAAGGUU